GAUUAAGAUCAUGAUCAUUAAUUUUUUCAUAAUUAUUACUGUUUUUACGGUAGAAUGAGGUCUCGAGUAUGAUGUAUGAAUGCCUUCCAGAUGGAAAGAAGGACUUUGCCAGAAUAUGUGGAGUUCCUUACACUGCACUUCCUUUAGCCACUUGCAUUGCAGUCAAUCACAACAUACCUAUGUUAGUUAAAAGGAAGGAAGCUAAAGACUAUGGGACCAAGAAAAUGGUGGAAGGUAAUUUUCAACAAAAUGACAAAUGUUUGAUCAUUGAAGAUGUUGUUACAACUGGAAGCAGCAUUAUAGAAACAGCUCUGUCACUCAGGUCUCUUGGUAUUUGUGUGACUGAUGCCAUUGUAUUACUAAAUAGAGAGCAAGGAUGUGAAAUCAAUCUGAAACAAUAUAAUUUAAACAUUCACAGCCUGUUCACCCUGAAACAGUUUCUCGAAAUUUUAUGUGAAAAUAAGAAGAUAUCUACUGAAACAGUUUUAAAUGUAAGCCAGUUCAUUGCUAUGAACCAAACAGGAUAUAAUUUCCUAAAGUUAAAAGAUGAAGAAACUGAGGCUAAACUUCAUCAAAUCUCAAAACGGACUUUAAACUUUCAACAGCGAGCGGAAUUAUGCAGUCAUCCUGUUGCUAAAAGAUUGUUUACUAUCAUGGCAAAAAAACAAACUAACCUAAUCCUUUCUGUUGAUUUCACAAGCUGUGCAAAGAUACUUGAGAUAGUUGAGAAAAUAGCACCAUAUAUUUGUGCUGUGAAGACCCACAUUGACAUUGUUCUGGAUUUUAACAUGAAUUUUAUCUCUCAACUUGUCAAAUUAUCUGAAGAAUUCAACUUUAUUUUGUUUGAAGACAGAAAAUUCUCAGACAUUGGUUCUACUGUGUUUCAUCAAUAUACUGGAGGUGUUUAUCUUAUUUCCAGUUGGGCUCACUUAGUAAAUGCACAUUCUGUACCAGGGGAUGGUGUGAUUAAGGGCUUGAAAAAGUCCGGAAUGGCAGAUAGUCGUGCAUGUGUCCUUAUAGCUGAAAUGAGUUCAGCAGGUAAUUUGGCAGAGGGAGAGUAUACCAGAAGUACAAUUAAAAUGGCUGAGGAGCACAGUGAUUUUGUUAUAGGUUUUAUUUGUCAGAAAAAACUUCUUUCAGACCCAAAAUUUAUUCACAUGACUCCAGGUGUCCAAAUGUCUGCGGGAAAAGAUGACCUUGGGCAGCAAUACCUGACUCCAGAGAAAGCUAUUUGUGUAAAUGGUUCUGAUGCAAUAAUUGUAGGUCGUGGAAUUAUUGAAGACCCUGACCCUGUGGCAGCUGCAAAAAUUUUUCAGGCAGCAGCAUAUACUGCAUAUGAAACCCAAGUUGAGUAAUUGAAUUAUCAACUAUAUAAACAACUAUUUAAUCAUGUUACAUUUCUUUCAUUACUAAUCAUACUUGUAAUUUUCAAACCUUUUGGUUAUGCACAAUUUAAGAAGAAAUAAAGGACAUGUUUUCAUCAAAGAA